GGCUUUACAAUGUCUGGUAAUGUCUGGAGUUUGCCAAAACAACAGAGAGGAAACUCGGCCUUUAAGAAUACACUGGCCACAAGGUACUUUUAUUUUGAAGUCGCUGUGCGGGCUUGCUGUGGCUUGUUUCACAGUGGCGCACCGACAGACUUCCUCAGAAUAAGAAUUUAAUCGUCGUUCUCCCACAAGAACGUGGACUGCACACCGUGGCAAUGAAGCGAGUUUUUACUGUUACGUGCUUAUUGACAGCUGUCGCCUACUACGUUUACAUCCCACUGCCGAGUACAAUUUCAGAACCAUGGAAACUGAUGCUUCUAGACGCAACGUUUCGAAGUGCCAUACGAUUGGGGAAUCUGGUCCAUGACUUGGGCCUCACUCACCACAUCCACGUGCUGAACUUUGCAGUGAACCACUUUGAGAUGCAGGCCCCAGAGUCGAGCAAGGGUGUGCGGGUGCAGGACAUGUCCUUUAGUGGAGUGCAGGUGCGGCUGUUUGAGUCCACUCGAGCAGAGGAGGGCCAGCUAAAGAGGGGCGUGGUCUACCUCCAUGGUGGGGGCUGGGCCCUGGGGAGUGCCAGGAUGCGGUCCUAUGACUUUCUCUGCAGGAAAAUGGCAGAGGAGCUGAAUGCCGUCAUUGUGUCUGUGGAUUACCGGCUGGCCCCGGACGCACAUUUUCCCAAGCAGUACGAUGAUGCUCUGCAGGCCUCCAGGCACUUUCUGACUCCUGAGGUUCUGGCCCGGUUCUCUGUGGACCCAAACCGGGUCGCAGUGUCAGGAGAUAGUGCUGGGGGCAACCUGGCAGCAGCGGUGGCCCAGGAGCUUGCCAUGGAUAAUACCACCCCCAUCAAAUUCAAGCUACAGGCCUUGAUCUACCCUGUGCUGCAAGCUUUGGACUUCAACACACCCUCGUACCAACAGAACCGAAACAUACCCAUCCUGUACCGUCCCCUCAUGGCCAAGUUUUGGCUGGAGUACCUGGAUGGAGAUCCCAGCUUCAUCCAGGCCAUGCUGGCGAACAACCACUCCGCCCUGGACCAAAACCAGGCUGCACUGGGUCGCGCCAAACUCAACUGGACGCUGCUGCUCCCGCCCGCCGUAAAGAGGCACUACAAGCCCGUGGUGCAGACCCGCGGGACGGCCCGGAUCAUUGAGGAGAUCCCGGGGCUGCUGGACGUGCGGGCUGCGCCUCUGCUAGCGGAGCGGGAUGUCCUAAGCAGGACCCCGCGGGCGUACAUCCUGACCUGCGAGCACGAUGUGCUGCGGGACGACGGGCUGAUGUACGGGCGUCGCCUGCAGGAGGCGGGUGUGACCGUCACCAACGACCACUACGAGGAUGGUUUCCAUGGCUGCAUGAUCUUCGCCUUCUGGCCCGCCUACUUCUCGGUGGGCCAGCGGACAGUGAAGAAUUACAUCCACUGGCUGGAGCAGAACCUGUAGCCUUGGGCCUUCUCGUCACUCCCUUGCAUCAUGUACACUGUAAAGGCCAGUGUAUUGUGAAUUUGCAACUUGUAUUUUUGUUUUUAGCUUGCCAAUUGGAACUUUUUAUUUGUGCAAUGCAACUUGCCAAUGCAAUGAGGCUGUGGAUGGUGAUGUCCUCUGAGGUAGUGUGUGUGUGAGUGUGUGUGUGUGUUGGGGGACUUCACUAAACAUUUCAGGGGUGAUUCUUUGCACAUUACAUCUGAGGAAAACUAAGGCUGCUUAUAUUUUAAAGCAGUCAGUGUUGUUUUUACUGAAGAAAGCCAAAUUAUUUUAUGACAUGGCUUGGGGAGCUUAAGGUAUAUCAUCAAACCUUUGGGGAUUUUCAGUAGAAAUGCAGCCUCCAAAAAUCCUCUGACGUUUGGUUUUAACAGUGCAAUUUAAUGCAUUUAUGUGCACAACAUAGCUGGGUGAGCCAAGGAGUACUAUAUGAUGGCUAAUUAUCCCUUAGAGAGAAUGUCAGAAACCAGGUUUGAACUUUCAUUACUUGAAAGUAACAUAUAGAAGAUUCCAGAAAGCAGAUUAUUUGAUAGCUAAAAGCAAUGUGCUUUUAAAAAAUAAGAUUUUUCACUUUGUUAUUUUCCUUUUAUGAGAAGACAUGGUUCAACAUAUUUUUUCUGUAGUAAGAAGUAGAAAGGUGAAUUUUAAGAAUCCCUUUUUAAGAAUUUUAAGAUUUUGCAUAUACGCCUUCUCCUUUUUUUCAUGGGAAGUGUGUUGAGAAAAAAAAGUGAAGUCCCAGUUGCAUGGGGCUCUUUUAACGAUGGCACUGGAGAGCAUUCCGCAGAACUGCUGAAGGGUAAUGCACAUGGGACACCAUAUGAAAACAGAAAGGCUUUUGUUCUCCAUGUGCAAUUUCCAGUUAAGAUUUUGCACUGCUAAAAUAAUUUGGUACACAUUUGAUUGAAACCCUUUGCUUUUUGAACAUUCCUCUUUACCCUCUUUUUGCACAUAUGCACAUAGCAAAUAAGUAUUCUUUGUGUUAGCGUUUUUAGUUUUGACAGUUAAAACGGAAAAGUUUUAUGGAAGUUAUUUGCAGACGGCACAUUUCACAAAACCCUGGACAAACAUGUUUUCUCACGCAGGAAAAUGCUUUCAUAUAGAAUUUUUUUUUUCUGUUUGUAUUACUUUGUGUUGAUAAGAAGGGCACAUAAAUGCAUCUCUGGUGGUAGAAACCACUGGGCACAGACAGAUAGGUGAAAUGUGUAAUAAGGCAGCGUUUUUGUAGCUUUAUACAGGACCUUUGGCACUGGCACAUAUCUGUAACAGCCCUUUCCUCUGCAGUUUCCUGGGGAAGGCGCUCUAGCUGCUCUAGCCGUGAACGUGCCCUUGACUGUAUAGAGGACAAACGCAUUCUGAAAAUGUAUUUCAGAACUGUCAUAAAAAUGCUUUUGGCACUUAUUCAUAUGUGGGUGCAUGUACAUCUGUUUACCUAGAUAGAUGAGCAGGUACACAGAAAGGGGUACACUGUGCAUUCUAGAAUGGGCUUACAUUCCUUUUUUAUUUGACAUUGUCCGGUUUAGAUACUUCAGCAUGAUUCCUCCUCUCCUUGCUCAUUUCUAACCUGUAAUGUCUGUGUUAGUACUAUAAUCUGUGUGGGAAAAAUCAUCUGCAAUAAAUUUUAAUAUGAUUUUUAAGGUAAAAUGUGUCAUAAAAUGGAUUAUAAUAGUGUUAUCUCAGCUUGGGAGACACUGAAAUGCUUUUUUUCUUCUUUUUUUUUGGUUCACAGACUGUGCCCUGCUUCAGUGCCUGUGUGUUUAUAUUCUGAUUGCACUGUACAAAUUGUGGUGUGUGUCUGUGUGAGAGAGACAGGGAGAGAGAGAGAGUGAGAGGAGAGACAGAGAGAGAGGGAAAGCGCAUGAGAGAGAGAGAUGUGUGUGUUUCUCAACUAGGCUACAGUUUGGACAUUUGGAAUUUUAGAUUUUUAUGAUUUGAUGCAGAAAACAAAUGUUGCUUAUUUGCUGCUUUUUUAUGAAAAUACAAAAAAUACUGCUGAAAAUACAGGUAAAGUGAAAGCUGAACCAUUCUGUUUUGUCGUCUUUGGCAGUAACACUGAAAUAUUAAAAUUAUUGUUAUUUAGUGUUCAGGUAAUUCAUGUUUGUCUGAUUAUCGUUUUCAUUAUCAUCAUCAAAAACCGCUCAUAUUGUUCUUCAUAAUUUGACCCAAUGAACACUGCUUCCUGGUCAUUUAUAGUGUUUUUCAAAUUUCAUGCAGUUGACUCUAAUACCCUCACACACAAUAAUAUUACAUUACUGUUGUGCUAGGUAUAACUCAAAGGCUGCAUAUGAAAGGACAUAGAGAACCUGUCUUUUGUUGACAUUCAGGGCUUCUCUGGAAGGUCUGCAUUACAGAAUUCAAACACAAGUCGGCUCUCUAGAGGCAGUUUCCUCUCCAGUCAACAACAUGACAGGUUACUGUUCAGACAAGACUGUUGUCACGGAGAUGAGGGUGGGAGGAUUGAACUACUUCUUUAAAUCAAUGACAAACAGGUUUUCCAGCAUUUCUUUUUUUUUUUUUUUUCACAAAAGACUUAAAAGACUAGUGAACUCUACCUUUUCAGAAAAUCUAAUUAUGAUCCAUUUAAAUAACUAUUUGUUUUAAACUUCAUGCAUGUUACUCUAAAAACUCCCAAACCCCAGUUUAUAUAUGCCAGCUACCUGAUAUUUACUGAAGUAAUUAAGGUGAGCUAUCAUCCAAGUGUUCCCCGACUGGACACUGGAUGGAAACUGUAACCAUCUUAUAGUCUUUCUAGAUUUGUUGACAGACUAGAACCUUGUCACAUCAGGAAAGUCAUUCUGAAACACAUUGUAUGCUCUGGUGGAAUAAACAGCAACUGUCAGAUGAC